AGUCCCCCAUCCGAGUAGAAGAAACAAAGCAAACAAUCCAGGGACGAAGAGAAGAGAAGGAAAAAAAAGAAAGAAAACAGAGAAAAUAAUCAUGGACGUCAAACCCACAGCGACAACGCGGUCGCGCCGCCGCAAGAUCCUCUGCAUCGUGCUCCCCCUCGUCAUUGUCAUUGUCCUCGCCCUCGCCCUCGGUCUAGGACUAGGACUAGGCCUCAACUCUGGCGGCGACGACGACGAUAAUAACAACAACGGUGGCAGCACGCCUCUCCCCUCCCCAAACAAUACCCUUACCUGGACCCCCUCGGUCGCCUCAACCUGGCAAAUCAUCCUCAACCACCCACCAGACGUCUCCUCCAACAACGCCCUCACCCCCAACGUCAGCGUCUAUGACAUCGACCUCUUCGACACGCCCAAAUCCACAAUCGACACGCUGCACGCUCAGGGAAUCAGAGUGCUGUGCUACUUCAGCGCUGGCAGUUACGAGGACUGGCGCACCGACGCCAAGGACUUCAAAGAUACCGAUCUAGGCAAGCCCCUUGAUGGGUGGGCCGGUGAAAGAUGGAUUGACCUCAAGAGCGACAAUGUGCGGGCUAUCAUGAAGACGAGGAUACAGUUGGCCAAGGAAAAAGGGUGUGACGGGGUAGAUCCCGAUAACGUCGAUGGUUAUCAAAACGACAACGGCCUCGGUCUCACCCCCGCCGACUCCAUCGCCUUCAUGCAAUACCUAUCCAACAUCACGGCGCCGCUGAACCUCGCACUCGGCCUCAAGAACGCCGGCGACAUCGUCACCACGGUACUCCCCGUUGUGCACUUCUCCGUCAACGAAGAGUGCGUCAAAUACAGCGAGUGCGCCGAAUUCGCGCCCUUCAUCGAUGCGGGGAAACCCGUAUUCCACAUCGAGUAUCCGGAUGGCGCGGGUGCUGCGCAGGGAUUGCGCGCAAACGUGCUGACCGACUACUGUGCAAAGAGUGGCAAAGGCGCGGGCAGCGACAGGUUUAGCACCGUCCUAAAGAAGAUCGAGCUCGAUGGCUGGGUCGAGUAUUGCGAUGGCAGUGUCGAUGUUACUAAUGUCAGUGAGGCCGUGGGUGGCGGCCGGAAUAAUUCUUCAAGCUGAGCUAAACUAGAAAACGUAAUGUAUGUACUUGUAAACUGGGAUAAUGCCUUCAAUUUCUCCUCGUUCUUACUAUGGCUUUUGCCGUUUAUCGAUCA